UGGCUUCGUUCUUCCAUGUCCAAGCAUGCAUUCUGCUCAUUGAAGAGCUUUAUUCCUCCUCUCUGCACCUUUUCCAGUCCACCAGCAGCAUCCCUCCCAGAGUAACCCCACAGUGGCUGCGCUCCCAGCUGCACUGGAUCCUCAGAUCCAGUCUCCCACGGUCUGCAGCCUCCAGUGGUGCUUUGACACCGAGUGGCACCUUGGCUACGUGCUGCUGGUUGGUAUUCCAGCAGCAGCACUCCCUCAAAGCCAAUCCCCAGGCUGCCAUGGCAGAGGAUCUCUCUGGAUUGGCGCGCGGUGUCCGCUCCGCUCUCCCCUCCCGAGCAGGAAGCGGCAGAGCCGGGCUCACAGAGAAUUCAAUAGAAGGAAGUCUCCACACUUACGCAAAGAAAUUUGGCAGAAGUUAGAUAGUGAGUGCAACAACAAGUGCUGCUGCAGAGAUUACAGACAUUGCAGGAGCUGGAGCAGUCUCUGGGGGAGAUUUACAGAGCUUUCCAUGAAGGAUUAAUUCUUGCAGACCGUUGCUUGGCGGGUGUGCACGCCUCCCAUCAGCACCCCGCGCCGCUCCGACUCCGCUAUCUCCGUCCGCUCCUUGCACUCCGAGUCCAACAUGUCCUUGCGCUCCACGUUCUCACUCCAUGAGGAAGAGGAGGAGCCAGAGCCCCUGGUGUUUGCAGAGCAGCCCUCCGUGAAGCUGUGCUGCCAGCUGUGCUGCAGUGUCUUUAAGGAUCCCGUCAUCACAACCUGUGGGCACACGUUUUGCAGGAGAUGUGCCUUAACAUCUGAGAAGUGCCCCGUGGACAACGCCAAGCUGACGGUGGUGGUGAACAACAUCGCGGUGGCCGAGCAGAUCGGGGAGCUGUUCAUCCACUGCAAGUACGGCUGCCGGCCCGCCGCCAGCAGCAAGCCCACCGCCUUCGAGGUGGACCCCCGGGGCUGCCCCUUCACCAUCAAGCUGAGUGCCAGGAAGGAUCAUGAGAGCAGCUGUGAUUACAGGCCUGUGCGCUGCCCCAACAACCCCAGCUGCCCUCCCCUCCUCAAAAUGAACCUGGAGGCUCACCUGAAGGAGUGUGAGCACAUCAAGUGUCCCCACUCCAAAUACGGGUGUGCGUUCAUAGGAAACCAGGACACCUAUGAGACCCACCUGGAGACGUGCAAGUUCGAGGGGCUGAAGGAGUUCCUGCAGCAGACGGACGAUCGCUUCCACGAGAUGCAGGUGGCCAUGGCCCAGAAGGACCAGGAGAUCGCCUUCCUGCGCUCCAUGCUGGGAAAACUCUCUGAGAAAAUCGACCAGCUGGAGAAGAACCUGGAGCUGAAGUUUGAUGUGCUGGAUGAGAACCAGAGCAAGCUGAGCGAGGACCUGAUGGAAUUCCGCAGGGACGCCUCCAUGCUGAACGAUGAGCUCUCCCACAUCAAUGCUCGGCUCAACAUGGGCAUCCUUGGAUCCUACGAUCCUCAGCAGAUCUUCAAGUGCAAGGGGACCUUUGUGGGCCACCAGGGCCCCGUGUGGUGUUUGUGUGUGUACUCCAUAGGAGACUUGCUCUUCAGUGGCUCCUCAGACAAAACCAUUAAGGUGUGGGACACCUGUACCACAUACAAGUGCCAAAAGACCCUGGAGGGUCACGAUGGAAUUGUGCUGGCUCUCUGCAUCCAGGGGAACAAGCUGUACAGUGGCUCUGCUGACUGCACCAUCAUCGUCUGGGAUAUUCAAAACCUGCAGAAGGUGAACACGAUCCGAGCGCACGACAAUCCUGUUUGCACUUUGGUCUCCUCACACAACAUGCUCUUCAGUGGCUCCCUCAAAGCCAUCAAGGUGUGGGAUAUUGUGGGCACUGAGCUCAAGCUGAAGAAGGAGCUGACAGGUCUCAACCACUGGGUUCGAGCGCUGGUGGCUUCCCAGAAUUAUCUCUACAGUGGAUCUUACCAGACCAUCAAGAUCUGGGACAUCCGGAACCUGGAGUGUGUGCACGUGCUGCAGACGUCGGGAGGCAGCGUGUACUCCAUCGCCGUGACCAACCACCACAUCGUGUGCGGCACCUACGAGAACCUCAUCCACGUACGGGCUGGGCUCUGCCCUUGGGGGUGGGCAGGGCUGGGGGGGUGGCUGCGCCACCAGGGCAGUGUCACCGCCCUGGCCGUGUCCCGCGGCCGCCUCUUCUCCGGCGCCGUGGACAGCACUGUAAAGGUCUGGACGUGCUAACGAGAGCGUCACACGAGUCCUGCACACUGAAAGACCAAAAGCUCUCCCCUCCAUCGGCCUGUGGGUGACCACACCACUGAAACAACUGCUGCAGCUCCUCCUGCACCGAGCACUGCCUGCUGCUGCUGCCCCUCGGCCGGCGGCUCUCCGGACGGCUCUGCCCCACGGACACUCCAGGUGUUCCCUCAGCUCUGCCCCAGAUGAUUGGAAAAGGGGAAGCUGUUCCAGUGCCAGUGCCCUCCUCUGCCUGUGUCCCCCCAGCUGGGGUGACACUGGGCCUCGGGGCCAGGCCAGCAGAGCCCUUGGCCAGCGCCAGGAUGGACAGAUCCGUGUCCUGGUGGGGACAGGCUGGGCCCCUGUCCGUGGCAGGACUGACCCUGGGUGGGCACCUGACCCCUUUCUGUCUCUAGUAUUUAAUUUUACUGCCAAGGCCGAUCCAUGUGGGAAGAGGUGUUUCCUUGAGUAGCCAGGUACGAUUUUUAUGCCACAGCUAGUUCUCAAAUCAAGUUCCACAAGCCCAUUGUUCACCACCCUGUAAUAAUGGUCUCCACAUUAAAGACAAAAAACCUCCGUUGCAUUUUUACUCACAUUUUCUACUGUUUUUAAGAUUGUAAUAUAGAUUUGAUUAUUUCUUCAUUGACAAUAAAAGCAGAAAGAGUU